UUGUGCCCGGCUGGCUUCAGGGGGCCUCCGGGUUGGGGACGGAAGGGACGUGGGAGCCGCGCCUGGGACCUCAGAGGACGUAGUGAGGCGCGCGGCUAGGAAUGAGAGUUCCUACCUGAGCGCUGCUGCGGCCAGGCCGAGCGCUGUCCGUCCCGAGGUCGGGGCUGAGGAGGUCUCUGCCGCGAGGGCCCUGAACGCCAGCCCGACUGCUGCCACCCGCCUCAAGCUGGCCGGGCACGAAGGGGACGCUUACUGACUUCAUCCUCUCCCAGUCUGGGGAACUCUUCAGGGCCCUUCCCUUCAUCUCUCCGUCCUCAUUAGUCCACGCUCACCUCCAGGGAACAGUUACCGUUUCUCUUAGCUGAAGCCGCCCCCCCCACUCCCACCCCUACUCCGGUGUCUGCAAGUGGCAGCGAUCGCUGUUCACCUUGCAUCAGAAGUGGAAGCCAGAACACCUUAUCACUACCUUCCUGCUCCAGCCCAGCCACUCUCCCAAGAGCACGAGAGACUGCCUCCUUGCUCCCCUCUGCGUCUAGCUUAUCAGACUUUCCAGGGGUUAAUGGUCAUCUAAGGACACUUCUUUCCACGAAUGUUCCUUCAGAGUCUGCGAUUUGCUGUUGCUAGACCCGCAUUGCUGGCCAGACAUGUUUAGAACUCAUCAAAAUGACAGAGCCAGAAAGAGAGAAGAACAGUUAUGGUAACAUGAAAACCCUGGACAUUUUACUAUGGAAAAAGCAACAGGGUAAUAGAAAGGCCAGUAUACUAAAGUCUGGAUCUUUGCUCCAGUUCAGGCUUGUGACUUUGGGGAAUACAGUGAGUAACCUGAUUAUGAUCAUACCUCCAAUUUUUGGUGCAAUUCAGAGCAUUAGAGAUAGACUGGAAAAACGGUACAUUGCUGCUUAUUUAGCACUCACAGUGGUAGGAAUGGGAUCUUGGUGUUUCCACAUGACUCUGAAAUAUGAAAUGCAGCUAUUGGAUGAGCUCCCCAUGAUUUACAGCUGUUGCAUAUUUGUGUACUGCAUGUUUGAAUGUUUCAAGACAAAGAACUCAAUAAACUACCAUCUGAUUUUUACCCUAGUUCUAUUCAGCUUAAUAGUAACCACGAUUUACCUAAAAGUAAAAGAGCCUAUAUUCCAUCAGGUCAUGUAUGGAAUGUUGGUCUUUACAUUAGUACUUCGUUCUAUUUAUAUUGUCACGUGGGUUUAUCCAUGGCUUAGAGGACUAGGUUAUACAUCCUUGACUAUCUUUUUAUUGGGAUUUUUAUUGUGGAAUGUAGAUAACAUCUUUUGUGAUUCACUGAGGAACUUUCGAAAGAGAGCACCCCCUAUCCUAGGUGUUACAACACAGUUUCAUGCAUGGUGGCAUAUUUUAACUGGCCUGGGCUCUUAUCUUCACAUCCUUUUCAGUUUAUAUACAAGAACACUUUACCUGAGAUACAGGCCAAAAGUGAAGUUUCUCUUUGGGAUGUGGCCAGUGGUCAUGUUUGAACCUCAGAGGAAACACUGAUGAAUUAUUCUACCAAGAAAACAAAAAGCACCUACUAUAGUUCUGGCAAGAUGGUCAAGAAGUCCCCAAAGACUUGCAUAUUCAAAGACACCAUGCCCAUCACCAGAGAUGAAUGACUCAGCCACACAGAGAAUGAGCAAUUGGUCUGUUGGCUGCUUAGCUUCUGGCUUUAUCUCAUUUGUCCUCGACCUAAGAUGCUUACAGAGAAGCAGAUGGGGUAUAUAUUUAUAUUCUGGAAUGGUGGAGAGGUUGGGCUUUUCUUAACAGAUUAACAGUUUGUGCUGGUCAUUUAUGGAAAAUUAAUAUUUUUAAUUUUCUUUUUUUUUAUAAGAGUUGCAUGUUAAUUAUACCUUCCAUAAUUUUUGAUUAAAUAUUGAACAAAGUCACUAAGGACUAGUAAAAUGCCAUAUCCACAUGGCUGACUAUGUGCCAGCACUUAGCUGUGUCAGCUUUGAUUUAUAUUAUUAUAUAACCUCACAGGUGGUUUUUUAAUAUUAAAAAGAAAAAGAAAGACCUGAUAGUUGAAUUAUAGGUAGCUCCUCACUUUCUGCCCUGGUGCUAGCUUGAGUGCUGUAAGCAAACUCUGACCUGCCAGUGAGUGGGCUCUGUUCUUACCUCCAAGAAUUUGUCCCUGGCUCUGUGGCUCUCAGCCAAUCAAAGGGGCGGGCCCUCUAUUAUCCCUCCAGAAGCUCUUCCAUGGCACCUGUGGAAUGUGUGUAGCCCCUUUCACCAGUUAAAGUCUGUUGUUUUGCUUUCUUCGAUCUUCAAGUUAUUUUUAUUUUUAUGUCUAGCAAAUUUAACUGGUGGUCUGGUCUACCUAUAUUCUGUAUGCCAACAGUUUAAGUGAAGUUAUUGGGGAAAGUUGUACAUUUUUUAUUUUUUGCAUUAUGCAGUAUUUUCCAGUUCUCAGAGAAGUCAUGGCUAUACUUAGGCACAUAUACCAGGAUAAUUACAAGUAAAAUGGUCAGGACUAUUUUGCAUAAAGCUUAUUAAAAUAUUUGCUCCUUCAUUUUUUUGAAGAAGAAGAAAUACAAGUGUUGAAACAGUACUGACUUACAACUUUUACCACAUCUAGAACUUAGAAAACUAAGUAAUAGUCAUAAAAUAUCACUGUGAGGCAGAUAGUUCUAAUUUGGACUUGAGUGUAUAAGAAAUUGAAUUGAUUGUCACAAACAGUAAAUGAAGGAUCAUAUAUUUAUUGAUUGCAUCCUGAGCUAUGGCUUCACAAGAAAACUAGCGUUUUUUUUCUCAUGCAAAAUUGAUAAAAACAAACAGCUUUCCCAUUUUUCCAAUAUUCAUUAACUAGCCUUAGCCUGUCAGGGUGAUGCAUGCCUUUAAUCUCAGCACUUAAAAGGCAGAGACAGGCAGAUCUCUGUGACUUUAAGGCCAGCCUGGUCUGUAUAGUUCCAGACCAGGCAGAGAUAAAUAGUGAAACUUUGUCUCAAAAACAAAACAAAAAAACCUGUUUAGUAUGUUUUUAAAACCAGAAAUGUUUCCCAGAAUGCCAUUAAACAAACAUACCUUUUAUAAAAACAAGACAUGCCAACACAUAAAUCUUAAGAGAACCUCAGUUGUACUUUGAUUUUAGGUCAGACUCCAGAGUACACCCACUGAGAUGCCCAGGUUCCUGUGUCCUGGAACAAAUGUUGGACCAGAGACAUAUGGGUAGUGGUGGAAAUAGAGAUCUUUUACCAGGAGAGGAGUGGGCCCAAGGACUGACUGGCAAAGGUCUAAGGCUGAAAGGCCCUUGGCCAACAGUUUCUACCCUUUAUAGCACAUUUACAUAGCUCCCAUCUUUUCUGGCAAUUAGAGAAGGUAGAGCUUUUUUUUUUUUAAAGCAUGCUGUUUCUAGUCUUCCUUUGGAAUUUUUGUGUGUGUGUGCGUGCGUGCGUGCGUGCGUGCGUGCGUGCGUGCGUGUGUGUGUGUGUGUGUGUGUGUUUGCCUCUAGAACUUCCUAUUGGCCUACCUCACUUUACUCCAUCCUCAGAGCUGUGGUCUCAAAAAUCUUUCUUAGGGGCUAAAGGGUAAUAAUCUAUUUUGUAUAAUUUCCAUGCUGAUGAGGAGUGUAGUCCUUGCCAAAGAGAGACUACAAAGCUCUCUUCCUGUUGUGUCUGUUGGUUGAAGGGAGGCUUUGAAGUUUUUGUUGGGAGUUGACUUGAAUCCCUAUAUCAUAGUGAGUUAAGUUUGAAACUGUCAUAUCCUAGAAAAACACAGAUUUUUACAGGACUAAAAAAUGCAAGAAUUUGGGCUAGAGAGAUGGUUUAACCGUUAAGAGCACUAAUUGCUCUUGCAGAAAACCUGGGUCUGAUUCUCAGUAUCCACAUGAUAUCCCACAGCCAUCCAUAGCUGCAGUUCUUAAGGAACUAACAACCUCUUCUGACAUCUGCAGGCAUAGACACGCAAGUGGUACACAUACAUAUCUGCAAGUAAACGUCAAUGCACCUAAAAUAAAUAAAUCUAAAGAAAAGCUGUCAAUGCAAGAAUAAUGUGAUUAUGCCAAUCAGUGACCCCAGAAAGGACCAAAGUCCGGAAAACCAAAGCUAUGUUUUGUAAAUUGUUCCUGAUAUGAUCCUUUAGACUACUUUGGGAAAAAAAAGACACACAAAAUCACAACUGAUGGUUAUACAUUGAGAUCAUGACAAAAUACAAAAGAACAAUUUUUAUGAAAAAUCCACUAAUAGGAUAGGUUAAAGGAGGGAAGAUGGGGUUGGAUGGCGUUUGUAACCACUGAGUACCAACAGUGCCAAAAGAAAAAGAAAGAAAAAAACCAAAACAUAAGAUAAUUAUAGAUAGAUUUAUAAUAGAGAUUAUCUUUGCCUUUAAGAAGUUAAAGCUUCCUGUUUGUUGUCUGAAGAGGUCUUUAAGUCCUUAAACCUUUUAGUAGCUUAUAGGUGUAGGUGGCCUUAUCUUCAAGGUUUUUUUGAGGCUGUGGAUACUUGGUUCUUAUGGACACUGGUGCCACUUUUUAGAAUGACCUCUACAGACUGUAUCCUGUCUCCAAACAUCUAGUACCCUUCUUUAACCAGAUUUAAUACCCUGUCAGAUACCGUAUAUUGUCUUUGCCCAGGAUCUCCAGAGAAAUAAGAUUUUUAGCAGUGCACUAAGUUGUAACCAAAAUAAGGGAGACUUUCCUUUUCUGAUAAGACUUAAUCAUAUGUCCUUUUUAUUACAUACACAGUAAGUAUACCCAGUCUGAUGUUAUUGUUUGAUGGUAUUAUAACUCCUAUAAUUUUCAUUAUGGAAAGGAAAUUCCAUUUAAAGUUCUUUGGCAAACAUAUCCAUCAUUCUAGAUGUAUCUCAGCCUUACCAGAAAUUGUGCAUACAUUACUUGUACACUAAGAGCACUCUUAUAAAAGGAAUCAUUCCAGCUGAAGAAUUCUAACCACAGCAUCCAGAGAAUUGAGUCAACAUAAAGCAUUUUGAUGCUGUUUUAUUUUUGUUAUCCUUGACUUUUAAAAAAUUGAAAUAAAAUUUUAAUCUUUUCCAGAA